UCAAUAUCCUCCUCCUCCUCCUCCUCCUCCAUCUCCUCCUCAAUCUCCUCCUCCUCCUCCUCCUCCUCCUCCUCCUCCAUCUCCUCCUCAAUCUCCUCCUCCUCAAUCUCCCCCUCCUCCAUUUCCUUCUCCAUCUCCUCCUCAUCCUCCAUCUCCUCCUCAAUCUCCUCCUCCUCCUCCUCCUCCAUCUCCUCCUCAAUCUCCUCCUCCAUCUCCUCCUCAAUCUCCUCCUCCUCCUCCAUCUCCUACCCCAUCUCCUCCUCCUCCAUCUCCUCCUCAAUCUCCUCCUCCUCCUCCAUCUCCUCCUCAAUCUCCUCCUCCUCCAUCUCCUCCUCCAUCUCCUCCUCAAUCUCCUCCUCCUCCUCCAUCUCCUCCUCGAUCUCCCCCUCCUCCAUCUCCUCCUCCUCCUCCAUCUCCUCCUCAAUCUCCUCCUCCUCCUCCAUCUCCUCCUCAAUCUCCUCCUCCUCCUCCUCCUCCAUCUCCUCCUCAAUCUCCUCCUCCUCCUCCAUCUCCUACCCCAUCUCCUCCUCCUCCAUCUCCUCCUCAAUCUCCUCCUCCUCCUCCUCCUCCAUCUCCUCCUCAAUCUCCUCCUCCUCCAUCUCCUCCUCCAUCUCCUCCUCGAUCUCCCCCUCCUCCAUCUCA